AUGUCCACUGAAGAAGGAUCUUUUAAUCAGAGCGGUGACUAUUCAUUUUUUGAAACUUCUGCUCCAAGUUACUAUUAUGUCGAUGACAUAAAUGAAAAUAUCUGUUUACAUGAGGAAUUAUUUUCACCAAAUAUUUCUAUCUCAGUUCUCUACUAUCUGAUCUUCGUUACUGGAUCUUUGGGUAAUAUCUUUGUCAUUUUAAUCAUGGCCUUCAAAGAGAAGAGAAGGAGGAGACUGGUUGAUACCUUUGUGAUCAACUUAGCAAUUGCAGACCUAAUUUUUGUCUUCAGCUUGCCUUUAUGGGCAUCCUCGGCUGGCAACAAUCACCAGUGGACCUUUGGUAAUGAACUCUGCAAAAUUAGCAGCUACAUCAUUGCUGUCAACAGGUACUCGAGCAUAUUUUUUCUCACCUGCAUGAGCAUAGAUCGCUAUUUGGCCAUCGUUAAAAUGCUAGACUUCAAGCAUAUCAGGACGCAGAAUUACGCUAUGAAAAUCAGCUCUGUGGUCUGGAUCACAUCCAUGCUUCUAGCCAUUCCUUCUGCCUACUUCAGAAGACUUGAACAAAGUAACGUAAUCUACUGCAGAGAGGACUCAAAUUCUCGUUUCUACACAGGUUUUAAUUUGAUUGCUAUAUGCCUGACCUUCGUCCUGCCUGUUGUUGUCAUACUGUUCUGCUACUGCUCCAUUCUUAACCGACUAAGGGUUCAUUAUGAUCACAGCAAAAAGACUCUCCAGAGAAGAGAAAACUCCUUAAAAAUCAUCUUCGCUAUUGUGUCUGGAUUUAUUUUGUCUUGGUUGCCCUUUAACGUUUUCAAGGCUAUAAGCCUGUGCUUAAAGUUCAACAACAUUGACCUGUCAUGCUGGACUAUUGUCAACCAUGGCUUGGCCAUUGCUUCUUGCCUGGCUUUCAUUAAUAGCUGCAUGAAUCCAAUCAUUUAUGCUCUUUUAGAUCGUAAUUUCCGGCUGAGAACUAGUCGGUUAUCUUCUUGUAUUUUUGGCAACGUCAGAAAGAGAAGAAACAGCUUUGCCUCUUUGUCAAUAGCCACAGAGAGCAGCACAUUUGCAGAAACUACAAAAUCAAACCUUCUCUAGCAACUAAUGCAACAUACAAAUAAACGUUUUUGCUUGAAAGGACCCAGACAUUCCAAUGCUGAUGAUUAAA